UGUUUAUAGUCCUUCUUCACAUAUAGAUGAUUUUUACACAAAAUCACGGUCAGAUUUAGGCUGGCAUUUAGCCCUAAUGGUUAGCAUAUUUUAUCAGCUAGGCACUUUUCACUUAGAGGUUAGAACUGGUUUUAAAAAUUGA